AUGGAGAUUCCUAUUUGUAAAUGGUGUAACAAGAAUGGUGGGAAGGCACUUGCUGUGGCGUGCAAGGGUGGCAUUUGCAUUUGGGCUGCUUCAUAUCCGGGCAAUACAACUUCAGUAAGAUCAGGUGUCACAUUGGGCACUCUCUAUAGAGGGUCGGGAACUAAAUGGACUCUCGUGGACUUCCUUCAACGUCCUGAAGAAGAACAAAUUAUUGCACUUUCGUGGAGAACGAAUGGAAAGUAUUUGGCAUUAGCUUCAUUUGAGAGCUCUUCAUUUAUCAUUUGGGAUGUUGUUGAAGGAGUCGGAACACCAAUUCGACGUGGCUUAUGGGGAAUAUCUUUGUUGAGAUGGUCCCCAUCAGGAGACUAUUUCUUGUCUGCGAAAUUUGAUGGGACAUUCUAUCUAUGGGAGACUAAUACAUGGACAUCAAAACCAUGGUCGUCAACAAAUGGUUUUGUGAUGGGAGCAGCUUGGGAUCCUGAUGGUAGUAGAAUACUCAUUGCUUUCUCUGAAUCUUCAACAUUGGGUUCCAUUCACUUUGCAACAGGGCCACCGUCUCUAGAUGCACAUCUUAUACCCGUUGAGUUGCCAGAGAUACAGUCCUUGACUGGCAGUCGAGGAAUAGAUAAGAUAGCAUGUGAUGCUUCAGGAGAGCGUCUAGCCUUAUCUUAUCGAGAUGCGGAUGACUUGUACAAGGGUCUUAUAGCAAUAUAUGAUGUUAGAAGAAGUCCACUGAUUUCAACAUCUUUGGUUGGCUUCAUUAGGGGUCCUAGAGAUCACCCCAAGCCAAUAGCCUUUUCAUUUCACGACAAGUUUAAGGAGGGACCAUUGCUUUCUGUGUGUUGGACUAGUGGAUUUUGCUGCACCUAUCGCCUCAUAUUUCACUCACAUGUUCUUCCAUAAUCAAGUUUUACAAUCCAACUGUGACGUGAGAAAAAACAAUUUCAUCAAGAUCACAGUGCUGGAAAUGCCAGAUUGAAGAAUCUGAUUUCAUAAUUCAAGGUGGAUCAUUUUAUGAAACUCCUUAUAUGUCAUUUGGAAAUUGCAGGGCUGUGCAUUUGGAAAUCAAAUCUUUAUCUUAACCAAAUUGAAGUAGUUCACUUUGUAUUUCUAAUGGAGAAGUUCCUAUUUUAUAUACCUAUGCUUGGAGGGUUUUGAUAUAGACGUUGGAAUUUUAUAACAAACAAAAAAAAGCUCUGAUGAUGGAAGUUGUCAAGAUGUUUAUAUCGUUCCAAUUUCUGAUGCUUUUGGUCAUAGACCAACCUAUAUGGGGGAACUGAAGGGAUAACUGAGGAGCUUGUUUGUGUUACCCUCAUCUGCCUUACAAAAAGGACAGUGAAAUCUACUAAAGGAGUUUGUUCAUUGACGUAUUAUUAACCUCAAUCUUACGCAUAGUAGUAAAACCACGUCAAAUUUCCAUUGCUACUUUAUGACAUGUUGAAAAAGUGAAAAAAAAAAAAAAAUUAGGUAAAAUGAGACAUUCGAGAACUUCUUGGUAGUAAUAUGGUUGGAAACAAAGUGACAAACAAAGUGAAAUAAAGGAAAGAGGGUGAAUCUAUUUCACCAUAAGUGUAUUCUUGGGUUCGAAUAACCAAGGAGCAAAAAUGGGGAGCUCACGCGGGAGGGGUUA